ACAUGGACAAGAGACGCUACAUCCUGGAGCCCCCUGAGGUGAAGGACUACCUGCUGAAGGGAGACAGGUUCACCAAAUGGUCCGAGGAGUCCACAAAAACUGUUACUGUAACCAUGAAAAUGGACCCUAAGGGCUAUUACCUCUACUGGACCAACCAGAGCAAGGAGACAGAGUUUCUAGACAUCCAAACCAUCCGAGACACCAGAUCAGGGAAAUAUGCCAAACUUCCUAAACACCCAAAGGUCAGGAAUGUGUUCAACCUGGACUUCCCAGACAGUCACCAUCUGGCCAAAACCUUGACCAUUGUUUCAGGUCCAGACAUGGUCAAUCUGACCUACCACAACUUCUUUGCCUACAAAGAGAAAGUGACGCAGAACUGGGCUGAUGAUAUCCUGGCCAUAGCCUACAACCCUCAGAGAAACAACUCGUGCAGACAAGUCUUCCUGGACAAAAUGUAUGUUCGCAUCUCUCUUCACACCAACAAGGAUGGCAAGAUCCCUGUCAAACAUAUUUACAAAAUGUUUCCUGCUGACAAGAAGCGAGUGGAGAGUGCCCUGUCCUCGGCCCACCUCCCCAAAGGGAAGGGCGACACCAUGAAGCCGGACGUCUUCACCGAAGCUGCCUUCAAGUCCUUCCUGAUGAACCUGUGUCCUCGACCAGAAAUCUACGAGAUCUUCACCUCCUACUCUGCCAAGGCCAAGCCCUACAUGACCAAGGACAGCCUGGCCAAGUUCAUCAACGAGAAGCAGCGUGACUGUCGGCUGAACGAGGAGCUGUUCCCCCGGACCAGGCCGGACCAGGUCAAGGCCCUCAUAGAGAAGUACGAGCCAUGCUCCUCCAACGCCAACCGAGGUCAGAUAUCUCCCGAAGGCCUCCUGUUCUACCUGCUGGGCACUGAGACCUCUGUGGUGAUCCUGGACAAGCUGGCUCGCUGCCAGGACAUGAACCAGCCUCUUCCUCACUACCUCAUCAAGUCCUCCCACAACACCUACCUGACAGCCGGUCAGUUUUCCGGCGUUUCGUCCCCUGAGAUGUACCGCCAGUGUCUGCUGGCAGGGUGUCGCUGUCUGGAGUUGGACUGCUGGAAGGGGAAACCCCCAGAGGAGGAGCCAAUCAUCACCCACGGCUUCACCAUGACAACAGAGAUCCUGUUCAAGGAUGUGAUCGAAGCCAUUGCUGAGAGUGCCUUCAAGACUUCCCAGUAUCCUGUCAUCCUGUCCUUUGAGAACCACGUGGACUCGGUGAAGCAACAGGAGAAGAUGGCCAACUACUGUAAGACCAUAUUUGGAGACGCUCUGCUGACAGACCCCCUGGACAAGUACCCUCUGAAGCCAGGACAGCAGAUGCCCAGCCCAGCAGAGCUCAUGGGGAAGAUUCUGAUCAAGAACAAGAAAGGAAGUCAUGAGAAACCCAGCCAGAACAGCCCAAAGAAGACCCCACCACCCGACCAGAACACGUUGGCUCCUGCUGCGGACCCCAGCCAGCCUCCACCCCCCGCCUCCACCCAGGAGGGCCAAGAGGGCGAAGGGCCUUCGGAGGAGACGGAGGAACAGGAGGACCUGGACGAGCAGGAUGAGGAAAAGAUGAAGAACUCGGAUGAGGGGACAGCGGGACAGGAAGUGACGGCGUAUGAGGAGAUGUCUGCCCUGGUCAACUACAUCCAGCCCAACAAAUUCAUUUCUUUUGAGAACGCCAAAAAGAAGAACAGGAGCUAUUCCAUGUCAUCCUUUGUGGAGACGAAAGGAGAGAGUUUGAUCUCCAAAUCUGCUGUUGAGUUUGUUGAGUAUAAUAAGCGUCAGAUGAGCAGGAUCUAUCCUAAAGGAACCAGGAUGGACUCCUCCAACUACACUCCCCAACUGUUCUGGAACGCCGGCUGCCAGAUGGUGGCGCUAAACUACCAAACCAUGGAUUUCCCCAUGCAGCUGAACAUGUCUGUGUUUGAGUUCAACGGGAGAUCAGGUUAUCUCCUGAAGCAUGACGUCCUUCGACGCAGCGACAAGAAGUUUGACCCCUACUCUGACAGAAUAGACACCAUUGUUGCCAACACGCUGACCAUCAAGAUCUAUUCUGGCCAGUUCCUGUCUGACAAGAGCGUGAAGACAGGUGUGGAGGUGGAGGUCAUAGGGCUGCCAGGUGACCCCAAGAAGAAGUACCGCACCAAGUGGUCCGCCACACCAAACGCCAUAAACCCAGUGUGGAACGAGGAACCUUUUGUUUUUGAGAAGGUCUUGUUGCCUGACAUGGCCCACCUCAGGAUCGUGGUUCACGAGGAGAACGGCAAGUUUCUGGGGCACCGGAUCAUCCCCAUCGAGGUCCUGCAGUCAGGCUUCCAGCACAUCUGCCUGCGCAGUGAGAGCAACAUGCCGCUGUCUCUGCCAGCACUGUUUGUGUACAUUGAGGUCAAGGACUACAUCCCUGCUGCUUUCGCAGACUUUACAGACGCCCUGUUUAAUCCAACAAAGAAUUCGGAGAAGUCGACCAAGACACAGGAGUCUGCGGACUACGUCAGUCCGUACGAGUUGCCUCUCGUGGCCCAAACACUUACUGACAAAGCUCCAACUGCAGCAACACCAGAGCCCAACGCUCCAGCUGCCGCCAGCCCAGAGGAGGAUAACGUUAAGAUCCCAGAGGACCAGAUCCCCUCUCCUGCCCCAGAGGAGAACCUUCCGGAGGCUGCAGAACCCAACAUGGCCUCAGAUUCUCCCCAGGACAACCUCCCUGCAGAACCCAAUGGAGAACCUGACCCCACUCCCAGAACCGAGGAACCGCAUGUGGACCCCAUUCCUGAUCCUGCCUCCGAACCAGGAAGCACCACACCUGAGCCCCUCCCUGAUGCUAGCCCCUCCCCUGAUAGUGGACAGACAAUCGCAGCCAAUGAACCAUCCCCUCAAUCUGAAGCUUCUCCCACCAGCAUCCCUGACUCCACCCCAAACAGCGAGCCUGUCUCAGAGGACACACCCACCCCAAACAGUGACCUUGUGUCGGAGGACAAACCCACCCCAGAGAACGUUCCAGACACCGACACGAGUGUGGCUUUUGUCCCUGCUGCACCUGACCCCACGGAACCAGAAUCCAGCGCAGAGCUCGUCACCGUGACCCCUGAGGAGCUGAUUCAGCACAAGAGCUUCCUGAAGGUGACCAGGAGGCAGGAGAAGGACCUGAAGGAGCUGGACAGGAAGUUCCAGAAGAAGGAGGAGGAGCUACUGCAGAAGUACGCAGACACCUUCAAAAACCUGAAGAAGAAGAACUCGCUGAAGAAGAAAGAGGGGGAGGGAGACGUGCCGGACGGCGCCCCAGGGAAGGUGCGGGAGCACAAGGAGAGGCUGCAGGUGGAGCUGCGGACUCUGAGGAUGGAGAAGAUGGACCAGACAAAGAGGAGGAAGGAGCAGAACGCCACAGAGCAACUGGCCAAGCUGUUGGAGAUGGCCAUGGAGAGACACAGUAUGGAGUUGAGGCAGCUGGAGAGCCAAACCAAGGACACCAAGAAGAAAAGUGUGACAAAGCGCAGCGGAUCUGACAAGGCGAGACUCAGACGAGCGAUGAGCUGCGAGGUGCUGGAAGACUCUGCCCAGACAGACUCUGGGCAGACAACAGACAGCAGCCCUCAACAAGACUCUCUGGUGAAGCAACAGACCGCUAAUCUGGAGAGGAUCAAAGAUGUAGCAAAUCAGCUGAACCAAGAGGCGCUGAUGGAGCAGGCUGGGAAGAUCAGGUCACUUCCUGCGGAGGUGAGGGAGGCGGUGAACGCAUGCGUGGAGCCACACUUCCCCAGCCUGGUGGACGAGGGGGCGGGGCCUCCACAGGGGGGCGUCGGCUUCUACGGAGACGUUUUCCUGGGGUAGACACACGGGCCUCUCAUCUAGUUAUUAUGUCUCUCUACCUUCUCUACACUCUUCACUUGACCCUCUUCCCCUGAUCUCUCUCUCUCUCUCUUUCUCUGUCUCUCCCUCCCUCCCUCUCUCUCUCUCUCUCUCUCUCUCU